AUGACGGGCUAUGAGUCCCUGUGGAGGGUAACAAAGACCCCACAAGCGGGGAACAACAGCCAAAAAGGUUCCAAGCCCAGAUCUGAGUCGUGGCCGAAUCUUCAAAAUAAUCCUCAACAUCCAGCAAAACGUCGGGGAAGUGAAAAGUCGGCAAAGCCGUAUACUACGUUCAAGUUCCUCCGAGCGUGCGACAAUUGCCGGCUGAGAAAGAUCAAAUGUGUGAUGAAACAGUCGAAAUGUGACCAUUGUCGUCUCCAUAGUCUCGAAUGCUCAUUUGAGAAUCGAAUAAAAGAUGGCAUUGAAGUUCCAAAAAAGAAGAAGCUCAUAGAAGAUAUUCCACUAAACCAUGAGACUGUCGUUCCGAGUCUCCCUACGCCUAUGUCGUAUACGAAUGUUUUAUCGAUUCGUGGUUCGGAAAUGCAAACAGACGUACCACCAAAUAUCCCCACAAACAUGAGACAGUUGCUCGAUAUAACUCCAUCAGACAAAUUGCCAUACCCACAAGAAUUGGGUGAGCUGCCGAAAACUGAAAGUAGCCCAACUGACACAAAUCUAAAUUCUGAACAUUCCUCAGAUUUUUCCUACAUUGUUCUGCUCUACAAACGCCAUGUGGAACCAUACACACCCUAUGUCCAUGUCGACUCUAUCUAUGAAGAGCAAGACCCAUUUUCCUCGUGUUGCAUCAAGUUGGCUGCAAGCUACUCGUUGAACUCGUGUAGUGACUCGUUUGAUACGCCGGGGUUGAUAAGCGAAUUGAACGCCAGUUUUCAUGGACUCUCUGAAUGGACCAUCGGACGAUUGUCGUGUUUCUUUCUCCUUCCUACUUUGAUUCCCAUAUCGGUUGAGAUUAUAACUGGCGCUCUUGACCGCUUUCUUGAGCUUUACAACGCCAAUUCAGAGAUACCCAUAAAUUUGGCAAUUGGGGCUUUGAGUGUAGACGCCUGGAAUUCGUUAUUGACCCCAUCAAAAUUGCAACUUCCUUCGCAUAUGUUUUCUUAUUACGAAGAAUUCUUGAGGUUUGCCGACGACGCGGUUCUUCACUACCACUUGGCGGAAUUGAACUUCCACUUGAGUCGGUUUCUUAGUCUCACCGAAGACCAGCCCCUUGACUAUAACUCAACGAGACGUGAAUUGCUUCAAUUGGAAUACGAUAUUUUACUUCUCCCUGUCAAAUUGCCCAAGCAAUUUCUAGUCGUGAAAGACAGGCUUACCUCCUCCAGAGAAGCUUUGUUCUAUCAUGUUUUGCAUAAUGCCUUUUUAACCUUUGUAUAUACCAAGGCUCUCACCAGCAAGCUCUAUGGGAAAAUGCUUUCUGUGUAUCCCAUUGCUGGACUUUAUCAUUUUCUUUCCGGGUUGAUCGAAAGUACUCUCGAAAUCGGUGUGGAAAAAGCAGGGCCAUGGUCCAUCGUUGGAGAUUGUAUGGUGCACUCAAUCAAAUGUGGACUCGAAUUGUUGGACAUAAUGGACUUUGACGAUCUUCUUUUUGUCAUGUCUACCUAUAAAGAACGUCUGGAUGUAAGGAAUCCACUUCUCCAACAACAAUUAGUACGCAAAGUGUAUACUCUUCGAGAGCAGUCUUCGUACUAUCGCGAUUUUGAUAGGGUAGACGGAUCUUUGGUCUUCUGGGUGUUUCGUGAUGUGCGGAGCAUGACGUUGUCUGCUUAUUUGCGAGAGAACAACUUUUAA